UCAGUCCCCCCAUGCGCACGCGCCGCGCAUCCCCGCUACGUCGAGUAUAAAAGACUUCGUCCAAAGCUGCCGCGCGCUAUAUUACAACUGUGCCUCUGUGAUUUUUCCCGCCGCGAUAUUUAUUUAAUUCAUCCAUUAAAGAUGCAGACGUGGCUAUUGGUGGCGUGCGCUGCAGCGCUGGUGACUCUGGCCGUUGCACAAAAGCCGGGACGCUUCCUUUCGCUUCCCGUGCCCCAGAAAUGUGCUAACAGACCAAAACAGUUCUUCUACAGAGGCCACCAUUACUUCUACAGCGGGCAUGUACCUGGACUCGCCAAUAGAAAAGUGGAUUGGUUGGACGGCCGAAAUAUUUGCCGCGAGUACUGUAUGGAUCUCGUCUCAAUGGAAACUCAAGAGGAGAACAAUCUGAUCUUCAAACUUAUACAACAAAACGAUGUACCCUACAUCUGGACCUCUGGUCGUCUUUGCGAUUUCAAAGGCUGCGAGUCGCGAAAGGACCUCGAGCCCAAGAAUAUAUUCGGAUGGUUUUGGUCUGCCAACCGAGAAAAGUUAGCGCCCACUAACCAGAUCCCCAAGGGCUGGGGCUAUAACCCGUGGUCUCAGACCGGCCACAAGAAGCAGCGCCAGCCUGACAAUGCUGAAUUCGACAUUAACGGCACGACAGAGUCCUGCCUGAGCGUACUUAACAACGUGUACAACGACGGAAUUGCGUGGCAUGACGUGGCCUGCUACCACGAGAAACCCAUCGUCUGUGAAGACUCCGAGGAACUCCUCAAUUAUGUAGCGGCCAACAACCCAGGACUACGUCUGUGAUUUACUAACUAAUACUUAAGUAUUUAUACGAUACUCAAAACAUCUCAGUGACAAUUAAAACCUAAUAUAUCUAGUUAGUACCGCGCGAGCGUAUCACAUAUCUGUCCGAUACACACAGAGUGAAUAUACCUACGUGAUUUUGGGUUAUUCGCAAUGACCAAAGACGUGGGAAUGACUUCGAUCCAUUGUAAAUGACGUUUGUACUAAUCAAUUAUCUAUUCUAUAUGAAAUUGUUAUUUUAAUUUUGUUUACUCAGUAAACCAUCCGUUCUUCUAUAUUUAAUAUUAUUAGAGUGAGAUAAAAAGAAAAAAACAUUUGUUCUAUGUUUAUCUUGAAGUGAGUGACUGCAUUUUGCAAACUAUCUAAUUAAAUAAUUCUAACUUAGAACAUUCAAUACGGAAAAUGUGAUUAAAGCGCGCAUUACUUUCUGUCAAAGUAAAGGCACUUACUAAUUCCAUUAAGUAAUCACAACUCCACUCAUGUACCUAUUAGAUAAAUAAUAGAGGUUUGUCUAUGUCUACAAAUAAGAAAAAAAUUGCAUAUUCUAUUAAAUGUAUAUGAUCACUAAAGACCAAUCAUAUUUUUUCUACCAAAUACAUCUUUCAAAUAAAUUUUAGCCCUUUACACAAAAUGUCAGAACGUUUUAAAUAAUAAUAAUACGUGUUGAAUGCUCUGUCGUCUAAAUUAUAAAAUUAGCUAAUUUAAAAAUAAUAAAUCGUAUACAGAUUACAAAUUGCACGUACUGUAUUUAUUCGAGCACAAUAAACUUGCCAUAUCCAUUAUAUUGGAUCUCCACUGUCCGCACUGCCCGUUUUUCAUCGUACAUAAUUGUACAGAAUAGUAAUUUAAGAUUUAAGUUAAUUACCUAAGGAAACUUUUAUUUGUAUAUAAAAUAAAAAUUUAAUAUAAACAUUAAA